CAUGGCUUGAAGAGGCGUACUAACUGGCAUGUUCGUUUUCAAUAAUUUACAACAAAUUAUCACUCGACACUCAAAACUAUUCACAUAAAACUCCUAAGACUACUUUAACUACAAUUCUAACACUUGUUACAAAAUUUUCAGACUCACUAAGAACUAACACGGUUUGUUUAUUUUUCGCUUUUGAGCAAUUUUAUUUUUCAUGUUCGCUAAUUAUUCCAGGAAUUAACAACGAAAUGUGUGUAUGGUAUAUUCCUAAUUUAUUGUCCAUACAGGUCCGAUGAGAAACUCCAAGAGUGCCCAAAUGUUGAGACUAGCAGACCGCACCAGUCCCUUACCUGCUCCGCACUCGCCGAGACGCCAAAAGUUGAACCUUAGGAUGAAGAGUCUUUCCCUGGAUUCUCCGGAAUGUGGCGAACUCAGACGGCGACCUGGCAACCGAGAACCGCCCUCACAGGGCAGCAGAGUUAUGUAUCACAACAGAGCAAAUAGCAUGAGAUAUGGCUCGAUCAGACUUAACAACCAUAUUGUAAAUAACCUUACUCAAUCAUCGCCAUCCUCGCCGGUACACAGUCGUCGGCUUCUGAACACCCGGGUGGGUCGCAUGAGCAGUGUGGAGCUACCUGACGACCAGGAUAAGAGCUUGUCUUCGAACAGUGCCAGCCCCUGUCCGUCUCCAGUCAAACAGCCCACGAAACACCAGCGUCUCCUACCCACAAACCUGUAUGUAAUUUUGUACAACUUCAAGUCUCGUCACGCAGACGAGUUGGAUCUGAAAGCCGGCUACAAAGUGACUGUCAUUGACACUUCUGACCCAGAUUGGUGGAAGGGCAAGUGUUUGGGAAAGAUCGGAUACUUCCCCUCCAAGUAUUGUACCAAACUCCAGGCUGGGGAACGACCAUUGCAAGUUACCCAUAAUUUACAAGUAACGGAUGGCGACAACGGGCUGAUGCUACUCCGAGACCAGAUCGUGAUUCAAGUCGGUGAUGAGGUGGACGGCAUGGUGAUGAUCAGGGCCGCUGACAACCGCCAGGGCGUGUGUCCGAUCAAGUUUCUACAGGAAGUGUGACGCUUCAAGUUGCCCGGCUUUAAUGUCAUCAGGCGACGCAGCUCUCUAUCUAAUGACAGACGAAAAAACUUGCAACCCCAACCCUCACGCAGCGCUCCGGUCACACCUUGCGACAGCGAUACCUCGUGGCCAUACCGUCCCGAGCCCCAACGUUACUCGGACAAGGCGUCGCCGUCGUACGAAGCUUCUGUCGAAGGCGUCUGGUGGUGGAAAAGACCGCUCGGCGUUCGUCGUGCGCCAAGCAGGCGCUGCGGUGCCUCGUCGUCGACACGGCCGCUACAAGUGACCCCCUGUAUUUCACCCGAGGAUGAAUACGACGAAUAUUAUCGCCGACCGCUUAUGUCUGACGAUCGCCCCUUGAGUUUAGUGCGCCAACAAUAUAUAUAAAAGUGGACUUACUAUAGACUUCCUUUUUGUGUUUAUCUUUAACUAGUAUAUGUAUACUUGUAGAUUAAAUCCUAGAGAUAGUUAAAACAGCAAAAUAUACUGUAUGAAUUAGAAUACAAUAUCAUAAAUUGUAAUAGAUAACUCAUAGUUGUACUUCUUUGGUGUGUUUCACAGUUUAAUAAAGAAAACAUUAUAGAUUUCUUAAUUUAAAUAAAUUAAUACAUAAGUUAUGACUUGGGCGAAAAGUAGAUGCAUUCUGAUGUGUUUCUCCUAAAACGCCAAAAGAACUAUAAUAUUUGAGAAGAAGAUAAUAUUUGAGUAACGGCUUACUCAAAUAUUAUUUCAUUCUUGUGAUUUUAUAGAAAGAAAAAAACAUGUAACUUCUACCACUUUUUGGUUGCGUAAAUGAAAGAUAGAUCCUUAUCUUUAGAAUGUAGAAAAAAAUAGGCAGAGAAAAAUAGGAACGCCGUGUUAUAAAAUCAUAUUUAUUCUAAUUUCAUUUUCUACACACAUUAUGAAAAUAAUAGAUAAUGUUUAAUAUUAGACUUAAAUUAAAAUACGAAAAACAGUUUUUCGUUAUAUUUAAAGUUAAAUUAUUGAGCUUACUUACCCAGUCCUUUUUGCAUUAAAAACAUAUGUUUAUCGUUUUUAUACAAAAUAAUAAAAAGAAAUUAUAUAUAUUAAAUAAUAGUAAUUAUUUGACAUAUCAUUUUUACGGUACUAAUAUAAUAUAUGGUCUUAAUAAGUAGAAAAUAUAUAAUAUUUGUGACGGCUACAACCGAUAGCUGUUUUAAUUUGUAUAUUUGUACAUUUAUUUUAAUAUCAUAUAUCCAUACUCCGCAGUGCAAAGAACUAACAUUAUGAAGAUAUCAAUCACUAUACUUAUACCUACAAAGUUGAAAAAAAAGUAAGGAACAAUUAAUCAUUUUGCAAAUAAGUGUAUCGGUGUACUCUUUGCAGGUUUUUUUUUAUGAAAAUAAGGGACGAGACGAGCAGGACGUUCUGCUGAUGGUAAAUGAUACGCCCUGCCCAUUACAAUGCAGUGCCGCUCAGGAAUCUUGAAAAACCCCAAAAAUUCUGAUCAGCACUACAACUGCGAUCGUCACCUUGAGACAUAUGAUCUUAAGUCUCAUUUGCCCAGUAAUUUCACUAGCUACGGCGCCCUUCAGUCCGAAACACAGUAAUGCUUACUGCUUCACGGCAGAAAUUUUACUCACUGGUAAAUUUUUAUUUAUCUUUCACGUGUUCUUUCACAAUUAUACAACCCAUAUAAUAUAAUACAGAGCUUUAGAAUCCGGGCGCACUUUAUAAAAUAUAUAUAAAUUUAAAUGCAAAUAUAUCUUCCAGAAUGAAAUAUGUACUUAUAAGAUAUAGUUGAGAUUCAUUAUUAAAUAACUUAUAGCUUACAUAAAAUUCAAAUUCAAAAUAUGGUAAAAUAUAAAUAAACUUGACUAGAUACUAAACCCUAGUACUUACGUAGUAAUAUUAAAAAUUAUUACUCGUAACCAAGCGAAUAAUGUUAGAAACAACGACCAUAAAUUAGGAAAUAGUUUACAGGUACGGAUCUUGAGCGCUCAACAAAACUAUGUUAUAGUAAUCUGCUGCGCGAAUGCACAGGGUGAUACCAAAAUACGUUAUAAAUUAGCCCCCUUAUUCAUAAUAGUCUGCUAACUUAAAGCAUUGCUAAUUCUCACUCUUCUUCUAUUGACCUAAGUCAGAAUGAGAAAAAUAACUCCUAAGCGGCUGUUUAAAGUUAGCGGACUAUUAUGAAUAAGGAAGUAGUCAUUUACUUCAUACUAGAGCGCACGAAUUGACGCACGCACACACACGAUUUACAGAACCGCUAAGCAAUCUUGGGAGGACAUAACUAUUGAGUGCCACGUCGUUCGUCGCCGAAACUGGUCGCUGUUCGAGUUCAAUUACCUGCGUCGCCCUGUCCACGUCGUCAGUCUUUUUAUAUAUACCAAACCUAUUAUUAUAUUACUUGUAUGGUGGUUAUACGAGCUAGGGGUUUCAUGGCAGACACCGUACCCCGCGCUUCCCGUCAAUAUGACCCUAUUCUGUACUUCUGAAUACAUUUUGGUUUUAGUUACAUCGCUGAAUAUCCGUGCCGUACAAAGUGAAAAUACAUCCUUCAAAACCAUUUUUUAUCAAAUAGUGGGUAAUCUCAUUAACGAGAUAUUUACUGUGAAUCGAGAAUUUUAUAGUUUUCAACAUUGUUUAGUAUGAUUCUCUGAGUUACUCGACUUAACACAUACCAAAAUUAUGGUAAAUAUCUAGUUAUAGCUUAUAAGUAGUAUUAAUAUAUUGAUUAGUUAAGCAAAAAUAUAAAAUUAUAGAAACGCCAUUUUUAUUUGUUUACAAUUAUUCACAAAUUUGAAAAUUCCUAUUUUAAAGUAUAAUAUUUGUAACUAAGCCUUUAUUUAUUAAUUAAAUUGAACCUUAAAUUAUUUGAAAUAUUUAUACCGUCCCCUCUAGAGACUUAAAAAUUACGAUUGUUACUGUAACAUGUCUUACAAGAAAUUAUUAUGAAUAUAUAAAUUAAUAUAAAGUAUAUUAUAGAGGUCUUUAAACUAUAUUUAAAAUACUUAGGUUAAAACAUGUUUAUAAAAAGUUAUUGGAUUCUUUCUCCUUGUAUACCGGGUGUAACCAGUCCACCUCCGAAUAUGAAAGGGUUAUGUACUAUGUAGAACUCUCUAUAACUGAAUAAUUUUGGCAUUGUAGCAAGGUUUACUUUUUAUUUGAAAAAAAAUUCAGAGCGUAUUUUAAACUUUUUUAGUCAUCAUUUUAAUACCCAAAGAGAAUUUAUCCACUACGUCCAAAUACCUACGUCAAAGAGGAUGUAAAUACUACGUAAUAAGAGGGACUGCCUAAGUAAAAAUUAAAAUGUAGUUCAGAAUGAAACGUGCAGUCAUUUGAUUUAAGUUUGAAAUAGUAGGUAGUAAUUACAGUAUGGCGAUUGGCCACGAAGUAUAAUCCGGCUAAGUUUGAAAGCGAACAGUUAGUUGCUUAUAAUGUAUUCAAUUCGGCAAUCUCCGUUUUUUACAAGAUUACAGCCGUCAUCUGUCAAUCUAUCAAUUACUGCACAUUUAAAACAAUCGAGUGAAUCGCUUUUUUAAGAGUUUCGCUAGGCUAACCCACGUAAUGACCUAGUAGUUUGUUUUUUCGUUUCUGCUGUCAGCUGUUGCUACAUAAAUACAAUUAUGCUUUUUGGUUUUUUAUAAUUUUAGGGACUAUUAAUAAAUAUAAUUAGAUAGUUAUGAUUUAAAAAUGGAUUGAAUUGCAUUUGAUUAAUAAUCCUCACCAAAAUAUUUUUUUUAUUUUAAAAAUUUUUCAGUGCCAAUACAUUCAGAAUCAUGGUCCGAUUGCAACCCCCCACUUUUAGGAUGUAGUUAUUUACCAUCCGUAUAUGAAAAGCCAUUACUAAUUUUCUUUUACCUUUACAAUCAAUUUUAGACAUACCACUUUCACCUUGCAAACUUUCUCAUAAUAGAUAGUCCUUAAAUGCGGACAUGACUGUGGAGAUUUGGAUGACAUAGGUUUUUUUUGUUCUAAACAUAAAUGAACUUCUUUUUAGAUGGGUUGAUAUCCCUCCAUGUCCCUUUCCUAUCAACAAUAAAAACUUUUCUUUAUUCUGUUAAUACUUCCAUAUAUAAUACACUUCCUAAAUACAUUUAUAACAAUACUAUUAAGUUGUAAAUAUGUACAUUACCAAGAUUUUUCUCUAUUAUAUUUUUAUCACCUAGUUCAAAGUCCCGUAUUUACUUAAAUCAGGAUUCGAUUACCUACUUUAGCUUAAAUUAAAACACUUCAAUCUAGAACGUACAAGAAAUCCUAGCUAUUGAUAAAUUCGAAAAUAAUUAAAGUUGGCCAAUGUACGGAACGUGCAAGCCAAAAACUAGAUAAAAGAAGGAUAAAAAUAGAGUUAAUUUAAAAAGUAGUGUCCUUAAAUAUUGUGUAAUUAAGGUAUAGGCCCUGAAUCGGGUUUUACUAUCGCUUGGGACCUAAAUAAAAUUAAUUAUGACCUGAAACCUAUGAUCAGGUUAUUUGCUAAAUGACAUGACUUUGCAAUUCACAAGGUACCAAAUACCUUGGGGUGUAUGUUUCGGCCUGAAUUUGCAAAUGCCUCAAACUUAGAAACUAAAUUCAAAUGGUCAGUGACAAACCUUCAAUCAGUCCAGUUAACCCCACGCUUUUAAUAUCGUAGCCAUGUUUAUAAUAACUAAUAUUUAUAGUAACAUAUAUCUAGUAAUGGAUAUUGUAUAUAAGUGCACAGCCCUUAGUAAAUUAAAUAUAUUUAGUAAAUUUAAUGUAGAUUAUUAAAUUUGAUUGAUUUCCAAAAUUUUAAAUAAUCUUACACAUUUUUUUGCUAUAAAUACAUAAUAUUCUCACUGACUUUUUAAAAGAAAUUAAUUUGUAAGAUAUUUUUUUUAAAGUCGGUACCUACUUAUUUAAUAUAUUGAAUGAUUUCGCGAAACCAAUUUCUAAACAAACGUUUAAAUUUCUUAUUUCCUUUUGAGAUGAAUAGUGGUUAUAGAACGUGUUUGCAACCAUUUAUUUCUGUACACGGAAAAAGAUAACUAAAAUUUGUCUUUAAUAACUUAAAGUUGUUACCUUCUUGGAGUACCUACUUGUAUAGAAAAAAAAAUAUCUUAAUACGAAAUCCAUUUUUUUUUGAGUUAUCUUGAGAGUAAAUUUCGCUAUUAUUGUCUUUAAUCAAUUCGACAUAUGUGUUUUACCUCUACAGGAGGCAUCUUCAGGAGAUGUUGACUCGCCAAAUUCUGGCACGGGACUACCUCUCGUCUCGUGUCGUCGCAAAAUAAUUCCUAAUUCAAUAUGUGUCUAUAUCUCGCUCUCUCCUCGUGCAAAAUAGUUUUCUAAAAGAUAUUGAAAAUUUAAACAUUGUAUUUAAUAUUAAGCCAGGUAGAAUUCUGACAAUUUCAAUUCAUAUUAUCGUGCUCAGCUUAGACACCUUCAUUGGCACAAUACGUAGGUGCAAUGGCACAUAUCCCAGUAAAAAUGUUACAUUUUUUUUUUGGAUUUUAUGACCUGGUAACUAAGACCUUUAAGUCAAUAAAAAUGUUUCAGUUGCAAGUACUAACAAAGAAUAUGUAACGAAUAGGUACUUAACUUCAGAAAACAUUAGAAUUUUUAAUAGUGUGACGGAAAAGCUGAAUGCUCCUCUGAUGUUAAGCGAUAUAGUCUAUCAUUAAUAGUGACAAUAUAAUCUGAUUGCUUACCUUGUCUUACCUUGCUUGUUGCGUCUUCCGAUUUGAGUAAGAUAUACUCUACAGUAUAAUGUCACAAGAGUACUUUCAAGUGCACAGAAAUAUUUUGGUGCUAAAUUACAUUAAGGUAUUCCUAAUUGAAAUAAUUGUUUGUCGCUUCUUAUAUCUUCUUAUUUAUUCUUGUCUGCUAUAUUAGCAUUAGGAAGGAACCAAAACCAUUUUAGUGGAUAAGUAAUUUAGUUAGAGACCUUUGUAAGUGUGAUUCCCAAGUGAGAUGUUGUAGCCCUGUAAGCUAUGGGUAUUUAUAUAUUUAUUAUUAUUAUAAUAUUAUGAAUGUUGAAGAAUUUAUGAGAGUAUUAUCCCUUAAUAUAUGUUACUUGUAAGUCUAAGGUUGUUAGAUAUAUUACCAUAGACAUUGAGAAUAGACUGUAAAAUCUAUAAAACGAGGGUUAUAAAUUAUAUAACCUACAAAAUUGGCCUUUUUUAUAAAGAGACAUAGCUAACGAACUACUUAUACCUGUAGCGUGUAUCUGGGUCUGUAGCAGACAUUUUUAUCAUUUGUCUAUCGAGGAAGCUAGGGUGAAAGGAAGUUUGUUAAAUUUCGGAGUGUUUGGUAAAAAAAUGCCAUAUUAUGUCGUAUAAUCCCUUAUUGACAACACUCUUUAUAGAAUCUGACUAAGUAUCUGAAUACAGCUUAUUGAAUUGUGGAUACUACGGUGAUCUGAAAGAUAUUUCUGAAAUAUCUUCACUUUCAAUGGGACUGGAAUUAAGAAAAAGAACGCGAUAUCCUCCAAUCUGGCCCACAUACUAGCCACAUAUAAUGCAGUUUUCUCUGUCGAGUACCGUGUUCCGAAAAAUUGUUUGAUCUAACUUGUGCCGCGGAAUUGCAACAUCGCACAACAUUCUACAAACGUGAAUACCAUCCUUAUAUCAUACGGAUGUAUGGCAUUCCGUACGUAAAAUAUAAAUGAUUUUUAUGACUUAGGCCCAUCUGAAGUCCACAAACAGGCAACAGGCAUCCUUAUGGAACUCUUAGUCUAUUCUCUGUCUACGAGUGCGACCAUUUAGAAUAGAUAUUGUCCUUCGUUUCACUUCUAGACAUGUGUAGUCUCAUAAAUAUAUUUCCCCCACAAAUUGCAACCUUAUCUUAGUAGAAUAUGAAAUGUUAAUGUUGUUUUAUGGUAUUCGAGUGAUGUGUAAAACUCGCUGCCCGCGGCGCAAUAGGUAUAUCACCGGUGCGCAAUGGGACAGAUGCGUGUUACUUUUUCCAAAUGUAAAUGUUUCCAUUUAAAGAUAAUGGAAGUGUAACAUUUAUUAUAUACCUAUUCGGGCUGCUAGUCCUUGACAUUACUGUAGUAUUAUUGUCCGUAUUUUGUUAUUAUUCACAUCAGCGCCUUUAUGCAUUGUUCCUUGACCUAAAGGUGUUUACAAAUACAUACUGUUCCAUAUUUAAUAUUAUGUUGGCACGUACAAUUUGAUUAGUAGAACUUGGUCUUGUAAUUUGAAAACUUUUAUGUGAAUUCUUCAUAAUAAUAUCCAGUCUAGACAUAAGUACUGAUACAAAUUAAAAACUUCAUGAAUAGGUAAAUAAAAAAAAUUGUUUCUGGCUUUGAUACGAAUUUCAAUAUGUAUUGUACACGAUCUAAGACGGUCCUUACACUUUUAUUGAAGAAAAACGAAGUUUUUGAAAUAAAAAGCUAUAACUGACGCCGAAUAAUAAUGUAGCGGACAAGAGGCUUACGGGAUGGGAGUGGUGAGGCAACCGCCCAUGGACAUCCGAAACUUUUCUUGAAGCUUCCUAAGUCGUAUCGGUUUGGUAAAACAGCAGCCGGUACUUGAUUCCACAAAGUGGCUGUGCGUGUCAAGAAAAAUCUUGCAAAACAGGCGGUUUUGGAAUACCGGACGUCGACGUAAGCGGGUGGUAUUUUGCAUUUUGACGUAAAGUCCGGUGGUGGAAUUCGGCCGCUGGAAUCAACCAGAACAGCUCCUCUGAACACUCCCCGUGAUAAAUGCGGUAGAAGAUGUAGAAGAAUAACCCACAACUCUACGCAAUGCCAAAGAAUCAAGCCGAUCGGAGAUGACUUGAUCGUCGAUGAUUCAAGCCGCUCUACGUUGUAUGCGGUCAAAUGGAAGAAGCUGGUACUGGGGGCACCCACCCAGAGGUGAGAACAGUACUCCAUGUGACGCUGAAUUUGCGCCUUAUAAAGUUGCAGGCAGUGGCUUAUACUGAAGUACUGUCUCGCCCAUAGAAAUCUUAAUAAUAAGGCACGUCUCGCCUUACUGAGUACACCAAGCUUUUUAUUCGCCAGUUUGGCCUUCUCUUCCAAGUAACAAUAGAACUGAACGUCGCUCGAUACAUCGAUGCCAAGUAUGCCGAUAAAGGCUGUGGCAGUUAGAGGAGUGAUCUCGAAUCGAGGGGAUACUAUUUAUUUAUUUAUUUAUUUAUUAAAUUCCGCCAACAAGGUAUACACUAAUAUAAACGCAGUAUAAUACGAAAACAAUAACAUUCACAUGGUAAGUGAUGCCUCAAUUAUAGGCGAAAAUGACAUGCUAUUCAAUUAAACUAAGCCACAAAAUAAAAUAAGAACUAUAAAUUAUUAUAUAUCUAUGAAUACAAUAUUAAUAUAAAUUUACACAAAAAAUAACGAUUGAGAUCAUCCCUUCCUUGAAAGAACCGUUUUAAUAUAUUUUUUAAAUUUAUGUAAGUUAUGAUCAAAUAUGUCGACUUCAUCGUGAUGACUAUUAUAUUCCCUGGUAAUUCUAUUCAAGGGAGAGAAAUAGCCUAAAUUAGAUCCUGCAUAAUUACAGAGAAAUGGAUUAUAUUUCUUACACGCUCUCGGUUGAGUUUUUGGAACAGCGAGGUUUAGUUUCGAUAUAAGAUGAGGAGAAUCAAUAAUAUUAUGUAGUAAUUUAAAGAGGAACAUACUGUCGAGCAAAGUUCUACGGGACUUAAGUGAGUUAAGGUGGAAAUACUGCAGUCUACCUGUAUAAGAAGGAAUUUUUUUCGCUAGAUUACAGCUAUAAGAUAAAUGCCAGAGAAACCUCUUCUGAACUGAUUCUAAGCGUUUCUUAUAUACAUCGUUAUGCGGGUUCCAAGCGACCGUACAAUAUUCUAAAGUGCUCCGCACUAGAGCAUUAUAAAUGGUGAUUUUUGUUGUGGGCCUUUUACAGGGCUUGGAGUUGCGUAACACAAAGCCUAAAAUCUGAAAGCUUUUUUUAGUAAUUGCAUCAAUAUGGGAAUUAAACCUUAACCUGUUGUCGAUGAUGACCCCUAGAUCCCUAACGAGGUUCACUUCAGCCAAAGCAAUAGCAUUAACAUAAUAUGUUCUCGUGGGUAAAUUAUUUUUUUGUCUACUAAAGCGGAUUGCGUGACAUUUAUCAGUGUUUAAUCUCAUUCCAUUUUCCUGACACCAGAUUACUAGAUUAUUUAAGUCAUUUUGAAGAAGAAGAGCUUCAUCGGCCGAAUUAACUUGUCUGAAAAAUUUAAGAUCGUCAGCGAAUAAAUAAAACCUAGAAUUUUCGAAGCAAUUGUAUAUGUCAUUAAUAAAUAAGUUAAAAAAUAAUGGUCCCAAAUGGGAGCCUUGUGGGACACCUGACAGUGUAGUAAAAGGCUUAGAAGAGUAGCCUCCAAUGACAACAGAAGAUUUACGGUUAGUUAAGUAAGACUUGCACCAUUUUAAGAACAUACCAUCGAUUCCAGAAGAAUAAAGCUUGUAAAUAAGUAGUUCAUGGUUAACUUUGUCAAAAGCCUUGCUGAAAUCGGUAUAAAUAGUGUCAAUUGAAUGACCAUGAUCCAUUUCCUCAGACAGAUCACCGACAAAGGACAUAAGGACAUGAGAUACGACAAAGUUCAUAACUAAAAACAUUUUAUUGCCACCUGCGAAGAUUUGCAUCUGCAAAGAGUAUAUUUCUGAACCAACGUAAUUCUUCACCCGCGUAAUUAAAAAUAAGUGUUUUGAUAGAUAGACUGAGGCUAACUGAAGGGAUUCCAACUUAUAGAACCGAAUAGCACAGAUUCUCAGGAUAUGUUUAAUGAUUAGGUAUCUUUAAACGAAGAAGCGGAUUUGUUUCUGCAAGAUCUGCUGCCAUUUGCGAAUCCUGUUUUUGCCAGCAUUUGUAAUUCUGACAGAAAUCAGCUAUUUCGUGCUUGUAUGGUUUUACACAGAAGAACUAUGGGUAUAUCAGUCUAUGGAGAACCUAAGCCUUACCAAACUUUAGAAGUAUCUAGAAAAGGGCCGACACCUCUAUACCCUCAUAGUGCAAGGCAACUACUGUACUUCUGCCUUUGUAAUGUCAAGUAAUGCAAUGCAUUCCAAAUUUGAAUCUAGAAAAAGAAUCUUAAGUUUUUAAAUUGUUCAAUCAGUAUUUAUGUCCAGACUAGUUAUCGUUAUAGCGCACGGUUCCGAAUUUAGUUGUUUAAUUUACCUACUAUGAAAUUCAGUAAGUUAAUUUAAUUUAAUUAAGUUAUUUAACUAAACACUAAAAGUGGCCCCCGAAAUUAGUGAUAGGAAUUUUUAAUUAAGUUUUCGUGGAAUUUAUUUAAUGUUAUAUAUGUAACCAUUGUUUGAUUUAAAUAAAGUAUAUAAAUUUUAA